AUGGCACUGCAAGUGCAGCUGACGGAGCUCUUUGCGCAGCGCUCCGGAGCGCCGGCGGACGCGGCUGUCGCGUCUCGGUGGGCGGGUCGCAUCCACGACGCCUUCUACGGGGCGAGCGCUCCGUCUCCGCGCGUCUCCAACAGGUUCGUGGAGCUCGAGUCGACGCUGGCGCAGACGUUCGCGGGGCUCAGCGCGGGCAGCGAGAGCGAUUUCUGGGGCUUUGCGGUGCUCGUCGUGCUGCCUGAGGCAGAGGCAGAACAGACGCAGCCGCCGCUCGCAGGUGCCGCCAAUAGCAAGCCAAACGUGAGGAAUGAGAAGGAGAAGAAGAAGCGAUCGCAGCCCAAUGCGCCGCUGGCCUUCAUGGUAGUCAACGCCCUGCGGGUACUCACCACAGGAGACAGUAGUGGCCGCCAGCUGACAGGCUGCCGAGCCCAAGGAGAGCAGAACGAAGCUCUGCGAGACUUUUGCGUGCGAGGUCUGCGAGACGCUGCGUGUGUGGACCAGAAGCUGGUGGUGGAGAUGGUGGAGCUCUUCGCUAUUACGGACAUUGACGCACAAGCAGUUCGCGCGGCAGCCCAGAGCCUUCUCGCUUCGAAGAAAUACACGGCGUUGAUCAAACUCUUGACCAUUUUCAGCUCAGUGGGGUGGUCUUUCGAGUCAACGAUCAAGACGAUGGCCAAGUCGAAGGACUGGUCUCCAGCAGAGCUACUCGCCAAGACUUUUGGAGGACCUGGGCGCAGCAAUGGUUUGGGCUCAGCGUACUGUGUUUAA